AUGAACAGAAUUUCUCGGCAUGCCCUGUCUGAGGCUCAGAAGAAGAUGUACGCGGCCGAGCAGAUGAUGAAUUUUCGUUGGAUUUCGAAGGUUCUGGCUUCGUGUUCGCCUCGCGUUCUGACUUCUGUGGACGAAGCACCUAUCAGUCUCCAAGCAGAACUGGCGGAGAUAGGGCAAUUUGCAGAGCUUGCCUACAGCUCAGUUCCCAUUUCUUUUGUUUUGGAUCAUCUCCCACAUCUAGUACAGAAUGAUUUCCCCUUUGAAGGCUACGACGCACUACAGAACGCUGUUCUGGUAUCUGACUUUCAUGGUGACGUCGCCAAUUUGCACGGUUUCGUGGCAUACCGACGGCAUACGAAUCAACUCAUCGUUUCUCUUUCUGGAACUUCAACCCUUCUGCAAGGCUUGUACGACGUAUGGGGAAAUAAAAACCGUCAUUCCUCAAAGAGAGGGUGGGUGCAUGCCGGAUUUUGGGCAAUAUACAAGGGAAUACGACCUACCAUCCUUGAUGCCAUUCGGAAAGGUAUCGAGGUCCACCAGGAGGUUACCGAAAUUGUUGUGACUGGGCAUAGCAUGGGAGGUGCAUUGUCUCAUCUUCUGCUUCUGGACGUUUUGUCCAAUAACGACAUUAUUCCUUCUCGCGUCUCUCUCAAAUUGGCGGUCUUUGGAGUUCCUCGAGUCGGAGAUAUCAACCUGGUUAAUUACUGGCGGCAGCUAUGUCUGGACUAUCGCGCUCGUAAUGGAGUUGAUUCGUUUCAGGAGUACUCGGUCAAGGCUUAUAAUGAUGGUGUGCCUUCCCUUCCCCCGUUAGCGUUAGGAUAUCGCCACUUCACCCAAGAACCUUUGUAUUUUGUGCAUGGGCGUCUGUUUCGUGUCCCUCCAUCCGAAACUGAAUAUGCAUUGUUUCGGGUGGAGGCCGGUUCGGAUGAUUUGACCCUUCCAGAACAUCCAAGGGGAGGCCAUAAUUACUACAACGGGCGCGACCAAGAGAAGUUCAUCCGUCGCAUGAAAUGGCUGAACGAUGCCUUGGCAAAAUCAGACACAGAGUGGCAGAGAAGAUACAAGAAGCUUGUUGAGAAGAACUCAAAGUCUCGAUGA